AUGGAGUGGUCUGUCCUGGUGCUGAUGCUGAGCCUGCCGUCCUUGGUCUUCACCGACUGCUCCUCGCGGUGUGAGAAAUGCGCGCAGCUCGUGGUGCGUCCGGACGGAGCGCUCAGCAACCUGCCGUGCAGCGCGGAGUGUGAGGACGAGCCGCGGGGCUGCGGCGCGCCCCCGCGGCCGGACGACAGCCGGCAGGCCGACCUGGUCAAGCGCUACGGAGGCUUCAUCAAGAGGAUCGACAAGAACAAGAACAAAAUCUUCACUUCUCCGUGGCGCGACAACUCCGUGCUGAAGGCCGGCGCUGUGCCGCUGCCGCACCGGUACGAGGACUGGCUGAAGAGGCUGGAGGAGCGGGACGCACCGGGGGACGCACCGGAGGACGCACCGGAGGAGGAGCAGCUUCUCCGCUCCUACGUCAAACGUUACGGGGGGUUUUUACGCAAAUUCGGGCCCAAGUCAAAGAGGAGUAGCUCCGCGGAGCAGGAGAGCCAGGAGCUGCAGAAGCGCUACGGCGGCUUCAUGCGGCGGGUCCGGCCCAAGCUCAACAACCUCAAGUGGGACAAGCGCUACGGAGGCUUCCUGCGCCGCCACUUCAAGAUCUCCGCGCGCUCCGCGGAGGAGCCGCGCUACUCCAGCGAGGAGAGCGGCUUAUAA